CCCUAAUUAUCCAUGUUCGAUCAAAUGAUAAUAAUGUACUCAAUCGCGUCAGGAGUGAUUGAUAGAGAUCAAUCCUUGCCAUACUCGCGCCAUUCAUCGCCAGUGCCAUGUGCUCCAACCUCCAACGCCGGGCAGAGAGUCAAGAGCCAGUGGCGGGUUUGUUAUUGUCAUCAACUCCCGUUCUCAGAAACCAACCAAUAAAAAUCGUUCUCUUCUCUCUCUUCCUAUCUCAAUGCACUUUUAGGUGCAUAACUGGUUCAACCUGCUGCAUUGAAACUUCCUCGUUUGCUUUGAUUGCUCGCUCUCUCGAUUUCAAACCCCAUCAUGAGCGAGCACCCACUGUGCUUGGCUCUCUCUCUCCUCCCUCAUCGCCACCCAUCCCAUGCACAGCGGCAUCAUGUUGCGAAGGGAUCGCACCACCUCUAUCGAUGCUGUUGUGGGUGCCGCGUGUGGGAGAAAAUGCUUCGUCUUGUCCCGUCGUCCGUCCGGCCAACCGACGACCGCGUGUGGAACGGCAGGGAAACAGAACACUGGCCCUCGGUACUGUGGAGAGCGUCCCUGGUGGCAGCGCGAAUCAGUUCAUUCCUGACUUCCGAACGGUUUGGGCGCACUUUCGGUUCGGGCGAGAAUUGUCUUUGGCCGUGGCCCCGGGAUACGGAUUGUGAUCUGCAACUCUGGUGUUGGUGUUGAAAUCUCUUGUAUCUCCUAUACUGGAGUGAAUUGGUUGGGGCGGUAGCUUGCGUUGACUAGCUUCGACAAAGUGAAAGAUUUUGUUUAGAAAUUUGCAAGUGUGAAUAAACAAGUGAGGAGAAAUGAUCCAACGUGAGUAAAAUACGGUAUAUCUAGGAAAACACAUAGAGGAGCAGCGAGUUUACAUUCCGCCACCAAGCGCGUAAUGCAACUGUAAUGUGAAAGUCGUAACGACUCCACCAAGUGUUUGUGUACCCAUUUGAGUCCAAGUGCAGUGCGGCGUGUAUAUUUUCCGACAAUUUCUAAACAUUGAGAAAGAAGAAAAAUCUAUUCAGAUUAAAAGAGUUCCGACCUGCGCGGCCAGCCAACAAACUGUGGACCUCAACUCAACUCAACGAAGCGCCCCCCACUCCAGCAUCAGUCGAACGGCACCAGUGGAGCUCCCGGUACAAAGGAGAGAAGCUGAACCAGGGGAGAGAAAAGUUCAUUAAGCAACACCGACAACUCCGAAAAGAUAUCCCAGCGCUGAGAUGGCACAUCAUUAAUAUCCGAUGAGUAGCACGAGUGGAAAAUGGUGAAGCAUAAGAUAUUCUUUUGCUUCCGACUAUCGAGCAUAUUCCCGCCGUUCCGUCCCAGCUGGCACCCGGCCGUCCCCCAUCGCACUUUUAGCAGCAAUGCGGUGCAACGGAAGUCCGUUCUGCUGUUGCUGAUUGUGCUAAUAUACUGCAAUAAAGCCACCAAUGGCAACUGGUGGCGAGUGGCGGACCUGUCGCUCGAUGUGAAACACUUCCACCGGGACUCCAACCGAAGCUAUGAGUUCUACAGCGAGGGCACGUUUUUUACCCAACAUCAAAGAGAAAUCUGCUACAACAAUCCGGAACUACUGAAGGUUAUUGUUAAUGCAGCAAAUAUCGCCAAAUAUGAGUGCCAAGGAUACUUUCAGAACAGUAGGUGGAACUGUUCUGUCCGACGAGGGUCUGACAUUUUCUACGGAAAUUUCGAUGAAAAAGGAAAUCGCGAAACGGCGUAUCUCAGCGCCAUAAAUUCAGCAUCGUUGGCAUGGACCAUCACGCGAUACUGCACCAAAGGAGAGCUAACCAUGUGCACCUGCGACCACAUCCAGCGCAAAAAGCACAGCAAAUGGACCUGGGGUGGAUGUUCGGAGGACGUCAACUACGGCAUCAAGCAGGCCCGGCAGUUUGUCGAUCCACAGGAGGACCGUUCCACCAGUUUCGGGUUGAUGAACCUGCACAACAACGAAGCCGCUCGAAGAACACUGCGAGCUAAAAUGCAAAAAGUGUGCAAAUGCCACGGGAUGUCCGGAUCCUGUACGACCCGUGUUUGCUGGCGUCGAUUACCGCCGAUGAAGCUGAUGGCCGACACGCUCGGAUCAAUGUUUGAUGCCGCCGCUCUAGUCAAACCUGUUGAAAACAAAGGUGUCAUCAAAAAAUUGAAACGGAAGGAUUCGCAGUACAAGAAGGUCAACAAGUCCGAUCUCGUGUACAUUGCAGACUCGCCCGAUUAUUGCGAGGAGAAUGAAAGCUUCGGCAUCUUCGGCACUCGGGGACGGUUCUGCAACCGCACAUCCUACGGAAUCGAGGGCUGCCGGUUGCUGUGCUGCGGCCGUGGCUACCAGACACGAAUCCGAAAUGUGGAGGAAAAGUGCAACUGCAAGUUUGUCUGGUGCUGUUCGGUCAAGUGCGACACGUGCAAUGUGCGCAAGGAUGAGUACAUCUGCAACUAAGUAGGCGGCGCUGAAGCAGUGACGAAGAACGGAACCGGAUGAGAAGUAAAUUGAUCAGUGUAAAUUAUUGCCAUUUCGCGAUUAGAGUAAUUAUCCACACAAUAAGCCAUUUCUGCACCAACUGAUAAUAAUGCCAUUUUGUCUCGAACUUUUGUAUAUUUAUGGAACUCAAAUCUCACUCUGAUAUAUAUCAUAAAACUUAUUUAUACGUAAGUCACUUUUGAAGUAUUCUCGAUGGAUUCAACAUGUAAAUGUGGCGUACCGAAUCAAAAAAAGAAACGAAUUUGUAUCCAUAUGCUUGUUGUAAGUAAUGUACACAACAAAAAGCAGUCCGCAUAAUUGAAUCAGUACUUUUUAUGCAGCUAAUGUUUAAUCUCUGUCCUUGUGAGAGAAGAGUGGUAAACUAAUUGUUCGAGUUUCCCAAUCUAAUCCUAUAAUCCAAAAAUUAAAUCGGUAUCUUCAUUUUUUUCCAGUAGUGGUGUGAAAUCUACGCAUAUCAUUCUGAUCCUUACUUUCUAUAUCUCGUAAUAUUACGAGUAUCUCUUUGAGUGUCUGUCUGGGUAUUUUGAAGUAUGGGUCGCAAUAUCUGUAAAUCUGAGGAUAUUUUUAUUGUAGCAAAUGCUCGCGGAAUCUAACCUACGCUACUUCUAGAGCCUCAGAGUGCAAUUCUGAUAACUUAGCAACAUUCACUUAGUGAUCAAGGUCAUCCAAACUAUUCUGGAAUUAAGACCAUUAAGCUCUACAAGCUCUACUUUUGAAUCUCGUUCCUUUAUCGGCGUAGUUCCUCCAAAAAAAUCCUUCAGAAAUUCCUUCAAUACUUUUGCCAACAAUUACUCAAAGAAUCCUGCCAGGUAUUCCUCCAAGAAUUUCUGACAAAAAUUUCUUCAAGAAUUCCUUUAGGAAUUUUUCGACAAAGCCCUCAAAAGUUCUUCCUGGAGCUCCUCCAAGAAUUCUACUAGAAAUUCCUACAAGAUUCUCUCCAGGAAUUUCUCCAAAAAUUUCUUCAAGAAUUCCACUAGGAAUUUCUCCAAGUAUUUCUCCAGAUAUUUCUCUAUAAAUGCCAAGAAUUCCUCAAAAAAUUCCUCUAGGUGUUCCUCAAAAAACUUCUCCAGGAAUUCCUCCAAAACAUCUGCCAAGAAAUUCUCCAAGCAUUCCUCCAGGAAUUCCUCAAGGAUUUUUUCCAGAAAUUACUCAAAGAAUUUCUCCAGAAACCUGCAGGAAAUCCUCCAGAAAAUCUUCCGAAAAUUACUCCAGGGAUUCAUCCGAGAUUACUUUCAGGCAUUUCUCCAGAAAUUCAUGAAGAAUUUUUUCAAGGAAUUUCUACAUAAAUUACUUCAGGAAAUCUUCCAGGAACUUCUUCAGAAAUUCCUCGAAGAAUUUUUUAAUAUAUUUCUUCAAGAAUUCCUCCAGAAACUCCUCCAUAAAUACCUCCAGGAUCCUUUAGGAAACCAUUAGAAAUUCCUCAAGAAAAUACUCCUGGAAUGACUUUAAGAAUUCGUCCAAGAAUUCCUUCAGGGAUUUCCUCAGAAAUACCUCCAAAAAAUUCUCAAGGAAUUACGCCAAAUUUUUUUCCCGAAAUUACUUCAAGAACUUCUUCAGGAAUUCCUUAAUAAAUUCUUCUUAAAAUUCCACCAGGAAAUCCUCCAGAAACUCCUCCAUAAAUUACUCAGGAAAUUCCUUCAGGAAGUCCUCCAAGAAUUAUAAUAUCUUCAGGAAUUUCCCCAAGAACUCCUCCAGGAAUUUCUCAAAGAAUUCAUACAGACAUUUCUAGAAUUCUUCCAAGAAUCCCUCCAGGAAUUCCUCCAAAAAUUCCUACAGGACCUUCCCCAAGAAUUUCACCAGGAGCCCCUACUUAAUUUUUUUUUCGGGGAUCUUGUCAGUAAUACCUCCAGGGAUUUUUUCCAGAAAUUCCUUCAAGAAUUCAUAAAAAAAAAAUCCCUCCAUGGUUCUUCAGGAAACCUCCAGAAAUUCCUCAAGAAAAUACUCCCGGUACAAUUCCAGGGAUUCCUCAGAGUAUUCCUUCAGGGAAUUCUCCAGAAACUGCUCCGAGUCUUUUUCCAAGAAUUUGUCCAAGAAUUUCUCAAGGAAUUCCACCAAAAAUUUCUCCAAAAAAUCCUUCAGGAAUUUUUCCAAGAAUUUCUCCAGAUAUUCCACCAAAACUUCUGCAAUACUUCGUCCAUGAAUCCCUCCGGAAAUUUCGCCAGGGAUUCCUUUAUAAGUUCCUCUAGGAAAACCUCCAGGGCUUUUCAAUAAAAUUGUUCCAGGAAAUCCAUCAGAAAUUCUUCCAAAAAUGCCUACAGAUUUCCUCCUUGAAAUUCCUUUAUGAUUUCUACCAGGAAUUCCUCCAGGAAUUUCUCCAAGACAUCCGCCGAGAAUUCCUCCAACAAUCGCUUCCAGAAUUCCCUUCCAUGAAUAUUCUAGAAGGAAUUCCAAGACUUUUUGAAGAAUUUCACCAAGAAACUCUUUGGGAAUUUCCCCAGCAAUACCUUGAAGAAUACUGUCAGGAAUUCCUCCAAAAACUCCUACAAGAAUUGU